UCUGACGCACGAUGUUUACAGCAGGCACCGGCAAGUCAGUGCUUGCGUAUGACUUUUGAUAUAAAUAUCGUCGUAUUUCACGAUCCUAAAGCACAAGACUUGCUGCGACAGAGCAAUUGUAACAGAAUUAUAACAUGAAGACAAAGGACCAACAGUUGAAGAGUCCUAAGCGACCUGCAGCUCCAGAGACCCCACGCAGCAGCAAGAGAGUGAAAGUAAAACAUGAGCCGUUCCAGUUUGCAGAGGAAGUUCCCAGAACCCCCGCGAAGAGGCCAGCCAACAGUGGCAGCCAGGAGGUGCUGCUGUACAAGAAAGGCUCAUUCUUUGCAGUGAGAAAUGAGGAAGGUAGUUUUUACCUUUGCCAAGCACUGCAGCAUGUCUUUCACAAUUUCACCAAGCCCAUCAAGGUACUGUGGCUGAGCACACAUGGUACAGGCAAUGUCUAUAAAUUGGACUAUAUGGAUACAGUGGAUCUAGAGUGUAUAGUGUGCCGAGUCAAACUGGAGUACAUGUCACGAGAGGUCUAUCGGCUGCCAGAUAAGGAAGAACGGCGUAUCAGCUCAGUGCUUAAUAUGGUCCUUGGAAAUUCUUCAGCAUCGAACAACAUAGAUGAAGAAGAUGAACCAAUGAAAAAGAGAGCCAGAAUACCCAAGGGAGGUCCAAAGGCAUCAACAUCAAAUACAGUCAAAGUUCCUAAAAAGACAGUUAAAAGGGAAAAUGUGACAGAUCCCCCAACACCUAAGGCCAAGAAGACCACCAAAAAUGAGAAAAUUGCUGACAAAAUAAAAAAGAAAGCACGUAAAAUGAAAGUUGUAUCCAAAAAAGUAAAGAAAGUAAAGAAGGAAAAGAAGGAUACCAAAAAUAAAGACAAAAAGAAGAAAAAGGAGGUCAAGGCUGCCAAGGUUAAGGUCAAGGUUGACCUUACUGAUCCUAACCGUCGGCUGAAACCAAACCCUGCUAUCAAGGUCUGGGAAAAAGAUCCCUUGUUUGAGACAAAAGAGAAUGUGCCCUUUGUAUCUUCCACGGCACAUAGUAAAUUAGUCAUCAGAGCUGUUUUGAUGAACGAUAUGAAACUACUCCAACAGUUAGUAGAUGACCGCAAGCAAGUGCACUCUGUAUCAUGUCCUCGUAGCUUGGAGGUCCCUUGGUCUGCUGUACACUACGCCAUCCUGAAAGGGAACCAGAAGGCGCUAAAGAUCCUGGGAAAUGAGCUCCAUGAAUCUACUCCAUCACGAGUGUGUGAACCCUAUAGCUUUCUCAAGACACAGGGAACAGGAUACUAUAACCGUCGCUCCUUGGGGAUCCGAGCUGUCAGAAGACUUAAUAUGAGUCGUGGAGGAAAGGAAGGAAACAAUGCCUUCACCAAAGAUCUAGAUAAAGAUGAUGAUGAGGAGGAACUGCUGCCAUUUGUCUUGAAGCAUGGUGUUUCUGCAGAAAUGUUGACAUUUUUAAUGGUCAACAGGUUUUUAGAUAAAAAUGAAGUUUUUGAACAUAUCUACAUGGCUGUGAGACACGGUCAUAACAAGUUGGCUUGUAAGUUGAUGGAGGAGUAUGACAACCAAGGAGGAUAUGCCAUAGGAGGGUUCAGUAACUUUCACAAAGAAGCUCUGACUUUUGAUGGGAAGCAAGAUUGGAAAGCACCUAUAAGAGAAGCCUCGGCCAAAAAGAAAGCCAAUCAAGAAAAUAUGAAAAUAACUCCAAUCCAUUGUGCUGCCAUCAACCCCAAUGCUAAAUACCUGGCCAAGUUGUUGUCUGCCGCCCCUGAGUACAACCUGAUGGAUCACGAGAUGCGUAGACCUGUACAUUAUGCUGCAGCAUGCACUGGCACUGGACCUCUGGAGUAUCUGAUUGGAAAGGGUGUAAGUACAUCAGAAAUUGACAAACAAGGCUACAAUCCUCUUCUGAUAGCAGCAGAAACAGGCCGUGAACACAAUGUGGACUUGUUGCUUAAGACAGCAAAAGCUCAAGUGUCUCCAGAUGAACCAGUAGGCAAAUAUGGUUUUGGUGGAUUGAAUGCUCCAAACAAAGCCUCCAUGUGCCCCAUACACUUAGCCAUUAUGAAUGGUCAUCAGAAAGUGGUUGAGGUACUAUUGAAAUACGGGGUGGACAUUGAAAAACCUUUGAAUGCAGACAACGGGAAGGUGACCCCGCUGAUGUUAGCGGCCAGUAAAGGGGACGUUGCCAUGGUGAAGUUACUCAUAAAGCACAAGGCAAAGAUUGAGAAACUUGACAAGUUAAAGCGUUCUGCUUUUAUGCAUUCAAUCAUCAAUGGCAAUUUACCAGUUGCAUCAUACUUAGCCAGUCUGGGUGCAGACAUCAAGCGUCCCGACAGCUCUGGGAACACAUGCUUGCACUACGCAUGUGCAUAUGGCUGGUACUUCUGCAUGAAAAUGCUGCUGGAUGCAGGCGCAGACCCCAACCUCCCAAACGACUGGAAGUUGACACCUUUAGGAGUGGCUUACUUGAAGGGUCAUCGAGGAUUAUCUGAGAUUUUACUGGAUCUUCCAGGGAUUGACAUAGAUUUCAAGGAUGAAGGGGGGAAAACCUUAUUACUGAAUGAGGCUGCCAAAUGGGGAGAGAACCAGUAUAAGAACAUCUGUAAGCUGGUCAAGGACAAGGGAGCCAGCUGUACAGUAGUGGAUAAUGAUGGCAAUGGUGCGCUUCAUCUUAUAGCCAAGCAGACUCUGCCAUUUAAAGUAGAUGAGUCAGAAGCUGUGGUUCAAAACUGGAUAUCAGAUACUCUGAAAGUGGUGGAAUUACUUCUAGAAAAUGGCUGUGAAGUCAAUGCAGAGAAUGACAAGACCACACCUAUCAUGCUGGCCAUCAAACAGCUCCAGCAUGCACCUGCUGAUGUCAAGUCUCAUCCUUUGAUUACUAGGAACCUGCAGCUGAUCAAGCUGUUGCUGAGCAAGAUGGCUGAAGUCCCAGACCAAGAAGAUCUUUUUGGAGAGAACAUCCUUCACAUGAUUGCUGAGCAUUGUGUCAUGAAGCCAGUGGGAAUGGAACUCCUGGACCUCCUGCUGGAUAUGGAAAAAAUUGAAAAUAAGAAGAGUGGUGAGUCAAGCAGCAAGCUUCAAGACAUGGCCAGGGUCCGUAGUGGAGCUAAUAUCACUCCCCUAAUGGCUGCAGGGUUUGUCUACAAGUCAUCCUCCUAUACCACAAUAGAUGAAAAACAUCCUCGAGAACUUAUUGAAGGAAUUUGGGUAACUGGCAGAGCUUUCAUCAAGAAGCUCAUUGAUGUAUUCAACAGUGAAGUUGAGUACAGUUUUGAGGAAAAGAAUGGAGACAAGAUAACAAUAAUCCACAAAAGUCUUAUGUUCUACAUGGUGGACAGCAAUGAGAUUGGAAUGACAGUGGACGGGGAAUAUAAACGCUACCCAGGACUUGAGAUGAUCCUGAAGUACAAUCCAACCAUAGACCUGCCAACCAAAGAACAGCAGACGGCUCUCAUGGUGUCAGUUAUUAAUGAUGAUUAUGUUGCUGCAGACCUACUGCUUAAAGCAGGAGCAGAUGUUAACUUCCGCUGGAUGAAGGACGACUCCUCUGCAAACCAAUGUAGAUAUACUUCUCUCAUGUAUGCAGUCAAUGCCAUGUCUUUGCCAAUGACCAAACUGCUGGUCAAAUAUGGAGCAGACAUCCACGUAUGUGAGGCUAACACUGGAAAUUCUCUCCUUCACAUAGCUGUCCGUAACUAUUGUACAGGAACCAGGACAAAGGAGAAGCUGGAAUGGGUCAGAUACUUACUGGACAUUGGCCUGGACAUCAAUGUAAAGAAUAGCCACCAGAGAAACAUUCUCCAUCUUGCUGUCAACCUCAGCACGGAUAGCGCAGACGAACCUCGCGACCUUGAGAUGCUGUUGAUAGAACGGGGCGUGGAUGUCUUUGCAUCAGAUAUCAGGGGGAGAUUGCCACUGCACUACGCCUUUGUGAAGUUUGGCAGGCACACAGACAGCUCUCGCACAGACCCGAUAGAGAUGUGCAGCAUCUUGGCUAGUGCUAUGAAAAACAAGGGACUGGAUACCCCAGAUAAUUUUGGCCAGGCUCCCCUUCAUACUGCAGCAUACAGGGGAGCAACUGUGUCCUGUAUGUUACUGGUACAGAAAGGAACUUAUGUUGAUGUGGAAGACAAUAACAGCAACACUCCACUGACACUGGCUGUGUUAGGAAAACAUGAUAGCUGUGCUCUCAGCCUGAUACAGAAAGGAGCAGACGUCAACAAAACAAUUGUUGUCAAGCAUCCUUCAGAGUCCAAAGUUGCGCAAAAGCAGAACCCCAAGUUCAUUUUUAAACCAGCUUACAAAUGGCUGCCUCGGCACUGGCCUGCACCCCCAAAACCACAGAUUGAGAAAUUUCCUGUUUUUCAGAGAGUAGUGGAAAAUGGCUGGCAGGGUGUAAGCUAUAUUGUCAUGGACUUAAUGGAGUCAUUUGGGAUGAAGUAUGCAACUGCAGUGGAGAUUGCAUUUCGUAUCCAGAAGAUUCAUUUCGCUUGCUCUUUGAUCAGGAAGCAAGUGGAUCACCAGAAACUUCUCACUGUGAAUGAUGACCAGCGUAAUCUGCUGCAUUUGAUGGCAUUUGAGAGCAAGCAAGACAGGCCAAGAGAUGUGGUGUUGGAGGUGGCACAAAUGCUGGUUGAUAAAGGGGUCUCCCAUAAUGCAAAGGACAAACAUGGCUGCACACCACUGCAUUAUGCUGCAAUGAACCAUGAUAAUCCUCUUUUAAAAUUCUUAUUGGAUCGACAAGAUGUUGAUGUUAACAUGGUGGACAAUUACGGGCGUACCCCUCUGGCUGCGGCACUUUGGAACAACCCAAAGGAAUCCCAAUCUACGUGCCAGAGUCUUGUCUACAAGCAUGCCAAGACUGACAUGUUAUUUGACUUUCCACCACUGGAUUUAUUCAACGGGGCCUAUGACAAUGCCUCGCGCAAAAAUUGUGACUAUUUUAAGGACAAAAAUUCAGAUGUUCAGCUGACUGUGUUGAUUGUCGCAAUAGUUCACAGGCAUGAACAGUUGUUGAAGGCUUUGUUGACUUGGAAGGACCAGUCUGUGAAUGUGGGGGACUCCAAUGGAGUGACUCCCAUCAUGUAUGCUGUGAAAACGAAUGAAAUCAACUUGGUAAAAAUACUUCUGGAUCAACCUGACAUAAAAUUGGACUGCAAAGAUAAAGCAGGCCAGACAGUUGUCCACCAUCUUGUAAACUCUAUGGAAAAAGCAUCAUAUGACAAUGUUGAUAUCUUGAAACUUCUUGUGGAUGCAGAUGUCCCUGUAGAUGUGCCAGAUAAGGCAGGAAAGAUACCAUUGGAUUAUGCACUGAAGAUGGCGCCAGCAUUGUCUGCAGAACUGCAAAGGAUUAUGGGAAGAAGCAAAAAUCAGAUGAAAGUUCCCAAGUUUCAACCCACUCCGGUGAAAGAUGGAAUUGUAUGGAGUACUCCACCACCAGAUGUCUCUGCUGAUGCCUUGGCCAUGAGGGGCCUAUUGGAGGCAGAAGAGCUAAAAGAAAUGGAAAAAAAGAAAGAGCCAGUUGCAUCUCCAGAUUGGAGAGCAAUAGAUUCCAGUUCACCAAAAGAGAAAUGGGAGGUUGCAAUGGAUACCGCUCAAAACAUUCCUUAUGACAUCCUGAUGACCAAAGUGGACACUAAGUUUGGCAGCUAUGGACUCUACAAUUACUACAAGAUGCAGAUUAUCCAUGAUCAGGAAGGUCUGUACGUUUUGUUUAACAAUUGGGGUCGUAUUGGGGACUCUGGGCAGUUUCAGAAGACCCCCUUCAGCACCAGAGAGGAGGCUGUUGACGAGUACUGCAAAAUCUUCAAGGCUAAAGCUGGCAAUGACUGGAAUAAUUUGAAUAAUUUUGUAAAUCAGCCAAAGAAAUAUCGUCUGGUAUCAGCAGACAAGAGGAGAAAGCAGACACGACCUCCUGUGAACUUUGACCUUCAUUCUGACCUUCCAUCAAAACUGCCCAGAUAUGUGCAGGACUUCAUCAAGGAUAUUUCCAGUGUAUCUAUGCUGACGAAACAGUGGGAGCGAUGUGGAGUGGACCCUUCACUCUUUCCAUUCGGGAGGAUCAAGAGAGAAACAUUUCAGAAGGCUAUUGACCUUCUGCUAGAUAUAAAACCUCUGGUUAAAAGGAAAGAUGAGUUGAGUAGAGAUCUAACAGAAGGAAAUUUACCAGACUAUCAAGAUGUCUGUGAAAAGAUCCAUGAGCACAGCAGUGAGUACUACCAACUUAUUCCCAAGAAUGGAUACAAAUUUGAACGUCUUACUCCUCUGGAUAGUGAGAGGUCCAUUGAGUCAGAGAUCAACAUGAUCCUCUCACUUAUGGAGUUGAACUUCACGGAGAGAGUGCUUUUAGCAGCCCAGUACAGAGCGAAAGAAAUCAAUCCCCUAGAUUACAUAUAUAGAGCUCUCAACUGCCGUAUGGAGCUGCUGAAGGAAGAAGAGCCAGAAGCACAAUAUAUUCUCAAAUACAUAUACAAUACUGAAGACACUGGAUCAUAUCGGAGAUAUGGACCCAAAAAUGAGCUCAAUGUAGAAGCCAUAUACAGAAUCGAAAGAGAAGGAGAAACGGAACGAAUCCAAAACUGUACUGUGGGUAACCGCAUGUUGCUAUGGCACGGCACAAAUACAUGCAACCUGACCAGUAUUUUACACCAUGGCUUGCUGAUAGAUCCUCCAGAUGUUGAAAAGCAUGGCUCAUUGUUUGGCAAGGGAAUUUACCAUGCCGACACCUUUAAUAAAAGCCAGGGCUACUGCAGAAACUAUUACUCUGAGACGGAAUCCAAAUAUAUGUUAUUAGAUGAGGUGGCUGUUGGUAAAGUUGAGGAAAAGUCCAACUUUAACCACACGGAGACUUCUUCAGGCUAUGACAGUCUGCUGGGAGCAGGAACUCAGAUCCCAGAGCCUGGACAUGACCUGACACUGGCUGGAGCUAAAAUGCCACUUGGAAAGAUUGUGAACCGCCCCCAAAAAAAAGAAGAAUAUCAUUACUAUAGCCUUAGCUAUAAUGAGUAUGUUGUGUAUAAAGCAAAUCAAGUUGCAAUGAAAUAUUUGGUGCAAUUUCAAGGAUAUUGAUUUAAACAGACAAAAAAGACAAGUUCACUUUACUUCUAGGUUUGUUGAACUGAAAUAAACAAGUAGUUAAAAUGACUGAUGAAGUCCUAAUGAAAUAUUCAGUGCAAUUCAUAGGAAUUUGAUGUAUUAUGUGAGUGGCAUAGUUUUAACUGCAAUGGCCAUUACUAGUUGUGAAGCACAAACAGUAGAGGGCAGCACUUAAUAGCUAGAACUGACAAGACAGGACAAUCCUAACCAUCUCAUGGAUACUGGACACAUGGGGCAGUAUUGGCCAUGGUCAGUAUUUACCAUGGGCUGUGCAUUUAUGGCUAGCACAGACAUUUUUCCAAAUUAAAUUUAGCUAGGCUUAGGAAUAGUGUUAUUUUUAUUUAUUUAUUUAUUUAUUUAUUUAUUUAUUUAUUUUGUUAAUCUACCAUAGACAUAUAUUUGAAUAUGACCAUGUUUAGUUUAUUGAUUUAGACAUAGAGUAGGCGUGAAAUAUAAACUAUAUAAUGCAUACUAUUUGUGUGAAUUUGAGAGAGGAUAUUGACAUAAUUAUGUAACAGAAAUCAGAAGUUAAAAGAGUAAUGUUCCUUUGAUAUGGAAUGCAAUAGUAUAUCAAGAAAUUAGGAUUGCAUCCUGUAUUGUGUCAAAUUUUAUCAAAAUACGUUGUUUUUUUUUUAUUUUGCAUAUAUAUUGUUUAUUGCUGUACUUGAUUAUAGAAUUUUUUGUUUCAUCAGACUUCAUUUUGGUCAAUUAUACUAAGGAUAAAACAAGUUAGAACUGCCUUGAGUGAAAGCUGAGAAAAUAUAGGACAAUUCUUUUAUAGGAAUAUUGGUCAAAUUAUAGUACCAAAAGUUAUAAAAAUGUUGUUGUUUUUUUCAUUUUUCAUAAAUAUUUAUUUAUAAAUUAUAUGUUUACUUUUGAUGCAAUUUACAGACUCAUAUGUAUGGUUUGAUAGUUACCAUUUUUCAGAAAGAUGUGACUCUGUGUUGAAAAUUAUUGUCCUGUAUUUCCCCUAUUCAGCCAUUGUUGAUUUGCUUUGUUUUACAUAUUUUUACAUAUUUGAUUGGUUAAGUUUGCACCUAAUGGGAGCCUUAGGUAUAUUUACAGGCAAUAUAUUUUAUCUGGAAACGUGCAAUGCUUAUGCUUAGGUAUGGACGUGUAUGAGUGUAGUGUGCAAUUUAAUAAUUGAUGUUUCAACAUGAUAGUAUGUAUAUAUGUUUAUUCGGAAUCUAUAGCCAUGAUAUUCCAUUGUACCCUGUAGUUUGCAGAAUGCAUGGCAUUGCAUUGUUCUAAGGAGGGAAUACUUUUAAGUUGAUAUUGUAAGGUGGAUAAUAAUUUAAUAGUACCUGUUACUUGCACCCUGUGAUUUAUAGUGCUAAGAGUGACUUCCCUUAACCCGGUGUGACAGAAAUGGUAGUCCUAAGAAUGGAAGUUUGGGUUCCCACAUGAUGAAUACAGGUUAGGGUUAGUUGGAAUAUUGGGGUUAGUAUAUGGGGUGAAUGGCUUCUGUACAAAAUAAUGGGGAACCGACUACGGUUACCAGCAGACUACCAUUCCUGUCACACUGGUGGAACGAAACCGAGGGUCCAUGUGACAGGCUUUGGAAGUCAGGGUUGUCACUUGUGCAUACGAUUACAAUUGGAAUAAACGUGUGGGUGUUGUGCAGGAGAUUAAAAAACAGUUCAUAAAUCUGUCUGAGUCCCAUUUUAUGUGCAACACUACUUUUCAAACCUUUGGAGUUCAACGUUCAAUACUGUUGAAUGGAGCGGUUUAUUGUGUUGUUAUGCGAAUUUGCUUCAAAAAGCAGACGGCACAUUUGCCAAUGCAUCCUUUGAAACUUGCGAACAUCCGUUUAAGAUUUUUUCUGGGUAGGUGGUCUUUUUUUUCAAAUAUCCACUUAUUCAGUUUAUCCGUAAGCGCGCAACGGAUCUGCAUACGGUGCUUAAUAUAUUGUUAAACGCAGACGAUGUGAGCGAUAGUAAACUCAAGAAAAUUCACUGUGCUAGCAUGGGGCUCUAGUUCAAGUGGAAGAGCGUUCGCUUAGCAUGUGUGAAAGAAACGGGAAUCAGUACCCAGGUUGUCCAGUGUCGUUUUCUGAUUUUAUCGUUUAAUUUAAUUGGAAGAAGGGCAUAAUAUUUUAAUAUUGAAGUUGGAUAAAUUAAGGAUUAUUAGCCAGGCGUCUUUGUCUGAUGUUAAUUAUGCGUCGUUCAAAAAAUUUGCCACAGGCAUUAAAUAAAGAAAAAAGACCUUUGUUGAAAACUUAGAGAUUGCGCAUGUUACCCAUGUGUUUAGAUAAACGAAGCAAUAAAAGCUACGACUAGAUUAUUAAGAAAGAAUGCCUGAAGUAUUAUAAUGGCGGACUUUGAAUACUGGUUAAAGUUAUCACAACUUGAACCUUGUUAUUGAUAAAUCUACAAGUUACUCUAACCUUGUUAUUGCUAAAUCUACAACUUGAACCUUGAUAUUGCUAAAUCUGCCUUGACAAGGGAAUCUAGUUAUUAAGGAGACUACACUGUCAAUGGCGUGUUUUAACUCUUUAUGGAUAGACAUUUUCAAGGGCUAUUCUCAAACAUGACUACGUUUAUAAUAGUUAUGGAUAUUUUUUCUUUAAGCUUUGGUGCUCUGAUGUAUCUCAAUACUUUGCUUCUCAGAGAUGACUGGAGCAGACUAUUAUCAUUUUUCUUUUGUUAAAAGAGUAUAGAACAUCUAGGUUUGGGGUCACGAUGGAUGAAAAAAUUGGUUCGACAGCAGUGGGAUUUGAACCGACGCUUCCCAAGAGA